GAGAAUCGUAUCAAUUGAAUCCGAGCCCGGAUCGGACUCUUUGGAAGCUAUCCGAGCAAGCUAGCCGCAGCUCAACACCAUGGCGACACCGACAACACCACCGACGGGCCCCAAGGCCAUGUCUUCGAGACUGCUAACCAUGAAGUUCAUGCAGAGGGCCGCCGCAUUGUCCUCUGCGCCAACAAACGCGCAGCCGACACUGGAGCAAGCCUCGAAGCGACGCAAGCUGGAUCAGAAAUACACGCGACGAAGUAACGCAGAUUCGCUCGUACAGAUAGACCAGGAUGCCAUUAAGGCCGCCCUCGCCGAAGAGGAGAGAAAGCGCCAGGAGGCAUUGCUGAAGCACGCGGCCGAACACGGAGAUGCGCACUGGAUACUCGACAUACUAGACAAAGGCCCAGCCUCCAAACCCGACUCCCACCAGACACCCCUAAAUCUAGUUCAAGUCGGCUUCGCUCAGAUUGAUUCCGCCGAUACCACAGGUUCUGAUGCCGAGUUGACCGAUGUCGAAGACGAUAGCGCGCCGGUCGUGAAGCGCUACAAUAUGGGCAAUCGCCAGGCUACGAAGAACAGCACCCCGAAGUAUAGCGACUCUGAUAGUGACGAUUCUCACGUAGGUCCAGAUUAUGCCGCGCCUAUGUUCAAUGCAGAAUCGGGACAAGAGCCAGCGAAGCAUAGGCCAGAGACGAGACCCGAGAUUGGGUCCGGUCCUGCUCGGGCGGCGUCGCGAAGUAAGCAGGGUAUGGAGCGGGCCCGAGCUGUGCAGUUCGCCGAGAAGCGCAGAAAGAAGGAGGUCAAGUUGAAUGAUCCUAAGGCCUCUCACUCUGGCGGUCUGCUGUCUAUCUCUUCGGGUGGCGCCGCGCAUCGACAACCUACAGCACUCACAUGCCAUCGAUGUGGACGGCCUGGCCACAAACAGGCCGAAUGCAAGAACCCCCAACGCUGAAUUAGACGUGAUGAGUUGUCAAUUGCGAGCCGUGCUUUACAGCGGAACAUGCGCUGCAACUUCAUUGCCGAGUGCGAGUGUGUUCAUAGGAUUCAGGCAAGUACAUGACAGGAGAUGAGGGCCACGGUUGAUACGAUUGGCAUUUCACGCGAACCUAUGACACGCUUCGACGCCGCCUGGGGGGGGAGGGGCCAUUUACCCAAAAUGUAGCUCAUGUGCCGAAUGGGCGGGCACACCAGAGAAUUGGCCAAAAAGAAUACCGGCCGAUGGGUUCAUUCCGACUGCACCACACGCUGGAGAUGUCCGUCUACCCUUACAUAGGUAUAUGCA